CACGGUGGGUGAUGUGUUUGACGUAUGGGUGAAUAAGAUUAUUAAUGUAUGUAUGGAGUCUCGAUAAAAACGGUACCGCUAAAAUAAAUAUGCACGGCGAUAUGACAGAAAAUUAACUCGUGGCGUCAAAAUCCUCUCGCGGCGUAAAUUCAAUGCCGUGUGAAUUAAUACAGCGUCCUCAUCUACAGGAUCCUCUAGAAACGGACAUUUUGGUCUCUGCGCGAAGGAAACAGGUGAAAUCUAUGAAUGAACUGAAAGAUUAAACGAGGUAUUUAAACACUGUUCACUUUAAAAAGGGGCGGAGACAGAAGGAAACUCUGGGUUUCCCGAAUAAAACCUGCUCGCGACCAGGUUUGGUUCACAGAGUCAGUUGCCAUAGUAACUGACUCUGGGUUUCGGUUACCUCGCUUCUUGAAACGGGCUCAAACUUACCCCGCUUUACGGGUUUAAGUAACCCCGCUUUCUGAAACCGAAAACUCUGAGUUUUCCUCAUUUCGGGGUUAACAAACUCAGAGUUUCCACAAAACCUCCUUCUUGAAACGGGUCCCUGGUUUUGACUUGAGUGAUGACAUGUAUGCUGCUGCCUAGGUGGUGUCCUGCAAACGGUGUGGGCUUUGUGGCUAAUUGGAGCACUUUUUGGGGAAAACCUGGGCUGAUUAGAAGAGACGGCGUCCAUCCCACGUUGAAUGGAGCCUCUCUGCUCUCUAGUAACAUGGCCAUGAUGCUUAGUCCCCCCACUCCAUGACAACUCAGAGUGGAGCCCAGGACGCAGAGUCGCAGUCUUACACGCCUCUCUGCAUGUUCUCUACAGCCGCCACCCACUCCUAGUCUUAGUUAUCGCAUAGAGACUGUGUCUGCUUCUCGACCACCUAAACUAUACAAGUCACACACAAAUCAAAGAGGAGUGACUUACCAGAAUUUAAUAAACAUCAAAACAGUUCCUCUUACAGAACAAAGUAACAUUAAGUUAAUAAAGUGUGGUUUAUUAAAUAUCAGAUCUCUCUCUAAAUCCUUUUUAAUAAAUGACUUGAUAAGUGACCAUCACAUAGAUCUGUUCUGUCUCACUGAAACCUGGCUGCAGCAGGAUGAAUAUGUUACUUUAAAUGAGUCGACUCCAAUGAGUCACAUCAACUAUCAUGUUCCUAGAAGUACAGGUAGAGGUGGAGGAGUAGCAGCAGUUUAUAAAUCAGAUUUAUUAAUUACUCCUAAACCUAAACAUAGUUAUAACUCAUUUGAGAGCCUCACUCUGAGCCUUUCUCACCCAGACUCUAAAACUCAGAAACCAGUUGUGUUUCGUAUUGUUUACCGUCCUCCUGCUCCAUAUUCAGAGUUCUUAGCUGAAUUCUCUGAAUUCUUAUCUGACUUAGUUCUUAGCACAGAUAAAGUCAUUGUAGUGGGAGACUUUAUAUAUGCACUGUACAGGAAGGGUCAGAGCAGACUCUACCUACUAAGAAGGCUGAGGUCGUUUGGAGUGAAGGGAACACUCCUGAGGACUUUCUAUGACUCUGUGGUGUCAUCAGCCGUCCUGUACAGUGUGGUCUGCUGGAGCAGCAGCAUCACAGAGAGGGGAGGAAGAAGCUGGAUAAGGUCAUUAAGAAGUCCAGCUCUGUCCUGGGCUGCACUCUGGAGUCAGUGAGAGAGGUGGGAGACAGAAGGGUUCUGGCAAAAUUCAAAUCCAUGCUGGACCACGAGUCCCACCCACUGCAGGACACACUGUCUGCUCUGGAGAGCAGAUUUAGUGACAGACGGAUCCGCCCUCGCUGUGGGAAGGAGAGAUUCCGUAGGUCUUUCCUUCCUGCUUCUGUCAGACUUUAUAACGAACAGUUAUAACAUGGUGCACAUUUCUACCACACUGCCACACACACGCUACAUCUCCAGGGCAAUUGCACCAGUCACUUUAAUAUCUUUGAAGUUGUUUCAAAGAUUGUUUUAAUCGUACCCUCAAUCUUGUCCUGAAAUAUGGGGUUGAAAUUGAUAACUUAAUAGUUCUUCCCCAAAACCCUCUGUUAUCUGACCAUUUCUUAUUAACUUUUGAAUUUACCAUAAUUGACCUUACAGCAGUUUAUCUGUUUAUCUGAAAACGCUGUUGCCAGAUUCAAGCAGAUGAUUCCAUCAUCUUUUGCCGCAAUGUCUUGUAGAUACACAGAGAACAGUCACCUUAAUCCUUAUGAACAGGUUGACUGUCUUGUAGAUGAUGCUGCAGCUUCUCUACGUACAAUGUUAGACACAGUGGCUCCUCUGAAGAAGAAGACAGUGAAUCAGAGGAGGUUAGCUCAGUGGUAUAACUCAGAGAUCCGCAGCCUAAAGUACAGGACCAGACUAGAAAGACAGUGGCGUUCCAACAAAAUAAAUGUAAACUGCAUUGCAUGGAAGGACAGUCUAAUGAAAUAUAAAAAAGCACUUUGUGCUGCUAGAAAAACAUAUUAUUCCUCCCUAAUUGAGGAAAACAAAAACAACCCCAGGUUUCUUUUCAGCACUGUAGCCAGGCUGACAAAGAGUCAUAGCUGUGUUGAGUCUACUAUCCCCUUAAAUCUCAGCAGCAAUAACUUUAUGAACUACUUUACUAAUAAAAUUAUCACCAUUAGAGAAAACAUUCAGCAGCGACUUCCUCCAAAUGAUAGAAAGCACUGUCUAGAUCCAUCAACUUUAAAUUGAUUGAUUGAUUGAUUGAUUGAUUGAUUGAUUGAUUGAUUGAUUGAUUGAUUGAUUGAUUGAUUGAUUGAUUGAUUGAUUGAUUGAUUGAUUGAUUGAUUGAUUGAUUGAUUGGUUGUUCAUCUAACUUAACUAGACAGCUUCUUCCCCAUAACUCAUAUGGAGUUAACUCAACUCUUCCAUGUCAUCCAAUUGUCUUUCACACCCAAUUCCAACUGGAAGAAGUUCUUCCUUUAAUCAGCUCGUCCAUAUUAAAUCAAAUAAACCAAUCUUUACAUUUAGGCUAUGUACCACAGGCUUUUAGGAUGGCUGUAGUCAAACCUUUAUUGAAAAAAACAACUCUGGACCCUGGAGAAUUAGCCAACUAUAGGCCCAUUUCAAAUUUACCCUUUAUUUCUAAGAUUCUUGAAAAAAUCGUGGCUAAACAAUUAUUUGACCACCUGAGUGGGAAUAACCUUUAAGAAGAUUUUCAGUCGGGGUGUAGAAAACAUCAUAGCACAAAAAACAACUCUGGUUAGAGUCACUAAUGAUCUUCUCUUAGCUUCAGACAAUGGUCUAGUUUCUGUCCUUGUCCUGCUAGAUCUGAGUGCUGCUGUCAUGGAUCAGCAUCUGGUCAUCACCGUUUAUUACUGCUUCGUUUUCCGGUUUUAUUUUGGCACUUCCUGUUUGGUUUCCUGUCUACUCUUGUUCUUUUUCUACUAAGUCAUAUGUUUCCCCAGCUGUGCUUAAGCUGUCAGUAGUUAUGUGAUCCAUCAGCUGUUUUGUUUCAAUCGUUAGUCGCUCUAUUUAGUCCCCAGUAUUCGCCUCAUUCCUCUGCCAGAUUGUUUUCGUGAAAACACUGUCAUCCAGCGUUUCGUCCUCGGUAAUGUAAGAGCCUGUUUUCUGUUAUUGAACUUACCUGUUUUGAUCGCUCCUUGUCGGUACCUUUGCCUGUGUGUAGAAUCCCCUGUGACUCACCGUGCCUGUACGACUCGGCUGUUUUGGGGGGAGUUUUCUUAUUAAACAGAUCACCAACUGUCUUCGGCUGUGCAUCUGGGUCCUGCAUCACGCCCGCUCCCUGACGGGUCAUGACAGCUGCAUUUGAUACAAUUGAUGACAAUAUUCUAUUACAGAGACUAGAACAAUGGAAUCAGAAUUAAAGGAACAGCAUUGGGAUGGUUUAAAUCCUAUUUGUUGAACAGAUUCCAGUUUGUUCAUGUUAAUGAUAAAUUCUCCACAUGCACAAGGAUUAGCUAUGGAGUACCACAGGGUUCUGAGCUUGGUCCAAUUUUGUUUAGCCUAUACAUGUCUCCUCUAGGUGAGAUUAUUAGAAAGCAUUCUAUUAAUUUUCAUUGUUACGCAGAUGAUAGUCUUUGGAACCAAAUGAAACAGAACAACUAGUCAAAAUUCAGGAUUGUUUAAAAGACAUCAAAUCCUGGAUGUCCCAAAACCUCCUUCAACUAAAUUCUGAUAAAACUGAAAUUCUUAUUGUUGGGCCUAAAAAUCAGAGAGAGACACUAUUGAGUCGGAUAGCCUCCCUGGAUGGAAUAACAUUAGCUUCAGAUUCUACUGUGAGAAACCUUGGUAUCAUCUUUGACCAGGAUCUCUCUUUUACAUCAUACAUUAAACAAAUCUCCAGAACCGCCUACUUCCAUCUUAGAAAUAUAGUUAAAAUCAGAAGCAUCCUCUCUCAGAGCGAUGCAGAGAAACUGAUCCAUGCAUUUGUUACCUCUAGGCUGGACUACUGUAAAUCCUUACCCAUAAGAUGUCCAACAGCUCCUUAAAAAGCCUCCAGCUAAUUCAAAAUGCUGCGGCCAGAGUUCUGACAGGACAAGAGAGAAAGAGAGAUCACAUUUCUCCUACAUUAGCUUCUCUGCACUGGCUUCCUGUAAAAUGUAAAAUUGUAAAAUUCUCCUCCUUACCUACAAAGGUCCUUCUUAUCUUAAAGACCUCAUAGUUCCUUAUGCUUCCAGCAGAACACUUCGUUAUCAGUGCGAUGGGCUACUUGUGGUUCCUAGAGUCUUAAAAUGUAGAAUGGGAGGCCUCUCUUCUGGAACCAGCUCCCUCUUCAGGUUCGAGAAGCUGACACACUCUCCAACUUUAAGAUCAGGCUGAAAACCUUCCUUUUUGAUAAAGCUUAUAGUUAGAGAUGGUUCAGGUCACUGGCAAUGAUUGUUAGUCACAGGAACCAUCUCUUAGUUAAGCUGCAAUAGACAUAGACUGCUGGGGGACUUAAUUUAUACACUGAGCUCCUCUGUUUCCUUCUACCUCUUCUGUCCAAUAACCUCCCAUCAUUGUUCUAUGUUCAACUAACCUUGUCUCUUUCUCUCCAGUAGUUGUGCUUCUCCCCUGCUCUGUUCUCACCUACAGGUAUCAUUGGACUCCGAGCUUAGUGUCUGUGAUAGGCAGACACAACCAUCCUGCCUGUGCUUUAUUGUUGCUUGUUGUUGUUGCUGUGCUUUCCUCUCUCUCUCUCCCCUCAACCCAACCUGGUUCUGCUGGAGGUUUCUUCCUCGUUAGAGAGGGAGUUUUUCUUCUCCACUGUUGCUUUCAAAUUUUAAUUACAGUUUUUCUCAGUUGCUUUAGUACAAUUCUCAGAUCAGAGUAAAAUUCUCAAAAUUAUUAUUAUUAUUAUUUUAUUUUAUAUUUAUAUUAUUAUUAUGUACAAUUCCCUGCUCUUUGCUACAUUGUCAGUUGUUUAUGUUAUGUUGAUGAAAAUGUAUUAUAUCAUUCACUGUGCAAUAGUCUUACUCCUCAAAACAUCUAGUCAGUAGUUCAUCGUUUAAGUCAUUAACUGCAAAAUGGUUGACCAAGUUGUCAUAAUGACAAUAACAUUGUGGUGGUGGACAAAGAGCAGAGGAAAGCCGUAGUGGUGGAUGUGGCAAUACCAAGCGAUGGCAACAUCAGGAAAAAGGAACAUGAGAAACUAGAGAAAUACCAAGGGCUCAGAGAAGAACUGGAGAAGGCUUGGAAGGUGAAGGCCACAGUGGUGCCUGUGGUGAUUGGAGCACUGGGGGUAGUGACCCCCAAACUGGAGGAGUGGCUACAACAGAUGCCUGGAAUAACAUCCGACAUCUCAGUCCAAAGUGCAAUCCUAGGAACAGCAAGGAUACUGCGCAGAACCCUCAAGCUUCCUGGCCUCUGGUAGAGGACCCGAGCUUGGAAAGUGGAUGAGACCACCCGCGGAGGGUGAGAAUAGAGUGUGUGUGUGUAUAUAUAUCAUACAUACUUGCCAGGAGCUGGAGAACAACACAAUGUUCUAUGUCUGACAAUGGUGUGCUUACACAUAUUCCCUUAAUUGAUCAAUACAACACAGAGCAUCACCUUUGUGGAUGGAGUACAUCUUACCAUACUCUCCAUUCCUUCACCCUAUUGAGGAAGUUUUAUCAGCAUGGAGAUGGAAAGUUUAUCACACAUACACAAAUGACCCUCCUGGUUGCCAGUGAUGCAGCCUGCAAAGGCUGGAUAAGACGCUCUAAAAGAUUUUUUCCACACUGCAUCGCAAGAGGUGAUAUUCGCUGUGAUGGGAAUGUGUGGCCCAACAUACAGGAACGACAAGAGGUGUAGGAAGACAACACCAAUUCCUACAGCACUGCGUGUACAGUUUUACAGUAUAUUGUCCUAUUUUUGUUCUUCUUUUUCCCUUUGUGUAACUGUUUGCAGUGUUUUCUUUUCUACAUUGUAUGACAUGGUCUGUCAACAAUUUACAAUAAUUGUCAUUUAAACUGCAGCCAUAGUUUACAUCAAAACCUCCCUCCAAAGUACACAGUUAUAUUGACAACAUGACUAAGUAAUUUGACUGUGUUGUUCGUAAACAAUGACACAAGGACUUGACAUUCUGAUGGCACUGACAUUUUCAAUGACAUAAAAACUUAGUUUUGAGAGAUGAACUAAAGAUUUUGAGCAAGUUAUAGGCUUUUUGCGGCCUGGUAGCUCAGUUGGUAGCUUGUCGACCUCGGAAGGCAAAAGGUCUGCGGUUCGAUCCCCCGCCUCGGCAUCAGGUGUGUCCCUGAGCAAGACACUUCGCGCUAGCUCCCCGAGCGCCGCUCAUGUGGCAGCUCACUGCUCCCCCAAGGGGGAUGGGUCAAAUGCAGAGAAUGAAUUUCCCCACUGUGGGACUAUUAAGGGUUAAUUUUUUUUUUUUUUUUUUUUUGGCAAGAAAUCCACAGAGUUUUGCUGUUUGUACAAAUUGUUUUGAAAAAUGUACAUACAUACAGUCUACACACUGAUUGUUCCAAGUGUCAGAACAGAGAAAGGAAAAAUGUCUUUCCAGUAUCGUGCUCCAACAGAUUGGAAUUCUUUACAGAGAACUUUCAAACUGCAAACUCUUGUAUCUUUGGCUCAUUUUGACUCCCUUCUGAAAGACCUGGAAAUGCAAUCAUUAACCUGUCAUUGUUUCUAAUUAUGUCUUAAACAUUUGUAACUAGUUGUUCUAUGUAAAAUGCUGUGUGUGUUGUUGGAGCCUCUUGGCCAGGACUCCCUUGAAAAAGAGGUCUUUGAAUCUCAAUGGGACUUUCCUGGUUAAAUAAAGGUUAAAUAAAAAAAAAAUAUUUGUAAACUUCAAUUCUGAUCUGAGAAUCGUACUAAAGCAACUGAGAAAAACUUUAAAGGCUUGCUGCAUGUGGGAUCUGUUGGGUUUAGUUGCGUAAGGUCUUAAACCUUGGAAAGUGCCUUGAGAAAACCUUGUUGUGAUUUGGCGCUAUAUAAAUAAAUUGAAUUGGUUCUAGUAUAUCUGUGUCAGUCAAAACAAUUAUUUAAGGAUAGUUUAACGUAAAUGUGGCCUUUUUGCUGUAGACCUUUUUAUUUCACUUGAACUUCUACUUUUUGAAUGCAGUACUUGUAAUAGUCUGUUUUAAAUUUGGUGUAAAGGAUCGGAGUCCCCCUACUCUGCUUCGCCUUUUGUGAACAGCUGACGCCAGGAGAAGAAGGCCAGCUACUCUAUUUUUAGUCCCUUACCCUCAGACCCGAUCUGCCACAGUCCCUAUACCUCCAGAUACUCCACCACCUCCACUCUCCCCUCUUUUCCUCGUAAUGCCUGUUAGUCAGCCCCGGUGCCGAGCCAGAGACCGGAACAAUGUCCUGAACCGGCCUGAGUUUCUGUCCCUGAACCAGCCACCUCGCAGGGAGCAACUGGUACGAGAGGGGAGGGGAGGUAGUGGUCCGAGAAGAGCAACAUUCAGACAGCAGAGUCAGCAGGAAGACUCCGGAUUAAGGGGGUCCAGGGACUCGUCAGAGGGGGUGGCAGCAACCGAGGAGGUGCCUCGUUGGCCCGAGCAGGACUGCAUUCAGCUAAACCCGUCAUUUAGUGGCAUCGCCAUCAACUCCCUGUUGGCCAUAGACAUCAGCUUGUCCAAGCGCUUCGCUGUGUGUUUGAGGCCCCACGGCCCAGGAGCUAUGGUCCGCCCCAUGGUUACCAUGUUGGCCCUCAGUGGACACGCUUUGCCCUGGCUCUGUGGGACACUCAUCUGUCUAUGGAGGAGCAACACGCUGGCCGGACAGGAAGUCCUAGUCAACCUGCUGGUGGCACUGAUCCUGGAUCUUAUGACGGUUGCUGGGAUGCAGAAGCUGGUCAAGCGUAGAGGGCCGUGGGAUUUCCCUGCAGGGAUUCUGGACUGCAUUGCUAUGGAUAUAUAUUCUUUCCCAGCAGCCCAUGCCAGCCGAGCUGUUAUGGUGUCCAAGUUUCUGCUGAGCCACCUGGUUCUGGCGGUGCCUCUAAGAAUCCUGCUGUACCUCUGGGCUUUCCUGGUGGGUGUGUCCCACAUGCUGCUAGGGGUCUCCACAGUCAAUUCUCCUCCUCCACCUGACUCCAUCCUGGGCAUCUUCUACACUGACUCGAGCCAACCUCAUGUCCUCUUUACAUGACAGAGGCAAAAGAUGAUGGAAUCAUCUGCUUGAAUCUGGCAACUGUCAGACGGCUUGACAAAUCGGACCCACAUGCACGGCGUCGGAGACAAUAAGGUAGGUUAAAUGGGUUUUAAUGUCCACAACAGAAUCCAAAUACACAUACAGUUCUUGCACAAACUUGCAGUACGUGGCAGUAGCAAAAGGAGCAAUCAGAACUGGCGGUCAAGGCAGGCAGGGUCAAAACAAGGACUCCAGAACUCGAAAACAAUCCCAUACACACAAAAGGAUCAUAUCAGUGUCAAGAUGGACCGGGGAGGUCAGGAUGGUGCCCGGUGGAAGUCUGUAAUUAGACUGGCGUCCAAAAUGUCCCUGGCUGCGACCCAUGAGCGCACCUCCGGAUCAUAUCCCUCCCAGGCAACGAGGUAUUGGCAGCUUUGGACCCAUUGCCGACAAGCCAGGAGGGCCCCGACCCACAGGCCCACCAUCAAUGACCCGAGGAGGAGGCUGAGGAGGAGACGGAGGGCCCAGCAGAAUGGAGCGGGUUUGAGACGGCUGACAUGGAACUUGGGGUGAAUCCUCAUAGACCUAGGCAAAGCAAGCCUGAUAGACACCGGAUUAAUGACCCUGGUUAUGGUAAAGGGCCCAAUGAAUCUUUGUGCCAACUUACAUAACUCCACCCGUAAAUGGAGGUCCUUGGUGGAUAACCAAACUCGAUCCCCCACGGCAUACUCAGGCUCGGGGAUCACUUGCGGUCCGGCGCCCCCUUAUACCUGGCCUGAGCCUGCAGCAUAACUUCCCGCGCAAGACGGCAGGUCUGGCGAGGGCAUGGACUGACGGAACCCGUACCUUCUUCUCGGCUCAAAUCCAUACGCACACUGGAAGGUGCGUGAGUCCAGUGGUCGAGCACAGGAGAAUGUGGUGUGCGUACUCGAUCCAGACUAGUUAUUAUUAGUUACUAUUAUUACUAGUCUCCAGCUGCUGAUUUGUCCUUUGGGUUUGUCCAUUGGAUUCCGGAUGGCAGUCGGACAAGAGACUGGCUUUGGCCCCCAGCAACUCACAGAACUCCCGACAGAAAUGGGAGACAAACUGAGGACCUCUGUCAGAGACAGAGUUCUGAACGUGAAGAUCCGCAGUGAGACACAUCCCUGGCUCGAACACCAUCUGCCUUUGACCAGUGCAUCUCCACGCGCUACACCUGUUCCCCGCCACAAACGCCAGGCAAUCCGAAUGGCCAACUCAAUGAGCAUGUCUAGCUCCCUGGGGAGCCCUCUUGCUGCUAAGCAUUUCUUCACAUGAUGGGUCAGACCCCGGAUGAACACAUCUUCCAAUGCAGUGGCGUCCCAACCAGCCUCCGCAGCCAACGUCCGGAACUCUAUGGCAUAUUUCGCUUGCUACGAUCUCCUUGCCGGAUAUUUACUGGGCUGCCUCUCGGCCGGGGGUGCCUUCCUGGAAGAUCUGUUUUAAAGCUUUCGAGAGCUUUCUAAGACCCACACCCUAGAGGAUCUAGCCAUUUGGUUGAAGUAUGAGUCCUGGUGUCAAAAUCAAGACUCUUACACUUAUGCUGUAUUGGAUGAUGGAUUGGAAAGGACUAUGCUACUGACCACUGCUGCCCGCGAGCUGGCUAUACAAGGUGCUAACAAGAUGCUUCCCCUACGUACGACAAGGCAAGAUGUGCAAACUCUUAACAGUUCCUGUGUCUCCUUCACCAUUUUACCUAAAGCAAAGCCAGGGCUAAAGUAUCAGGUGAUGGUAAAUCCCUCCAGGGGAGAUAAACAAGCCACUGACCUGCUUGAGACAAGCACCGCCCGUGUAGAAGUGGAGGGCAUACACCGCUACGCCACACCCCUACAUUGCACCUGCAAGCCACCCCUGAUGCUGUCAUGCCUAACUCGAGGAAUGUGAAGAGAAGACUUAAGAAAGAUCCAGAUUGAGCUAAGAUCUACAGUGCAGAGAUCAAGAAGCUGGUUCAAGUUGGCUCCGUGGUCAAGCUGUCUCCUGGUGAGGAGCACCAAGCGGCAGAGUCCUGGUACAUCCCACACCACAUGGUCAGUCAUAAUGGCAAGCAUCGUCUGGUGUUCAACUGUUCCUUUCAGCACCAGGGCCAAACCUUGGAUGAACAUCUCCUUCCUGGCCAAACUUUGGGACCCUCCGUCCAUGUCCCAACAGGUCCGCCUUCUUCCAGAGGAUCGCUCCCUUCUGUGCUUUGUGUGGUGUGACCUGCGCAUAGACGGACCUGUCACAGUCUACGAAUGGCAGGUCCCCCCCUUUGGCACGACCGGGAGCCUCUGCUGCUUAGAGAAUGAGCUCACCCUGGACAUUAUAAGAACUGUAUUGUGGUCGGAAUCUACCACAGUACUGACCUGGCUGCAUUCUGAGUCUUGCCGCUUUAAGGUCUUCAUCGGCACCCACAUAGCUGAGAUCCAGGAACUAGAACCCCCCUUCACACCUGGCAGUAUUGAUUUAGCUCAGAUGACAUCACACGGGGCAAGUCACUGCAGGAGUUGACAAGGCCCAACAGAUGGAGUCAAGGCCCAUCGUUCCUCCCACAACAGCAAAUUCUGCCACUCCAAGCUCCAUGGAGUACAAUACCUGGCUGCAGUUUUUGGAGGCGACUAUCCAACAGUUGCAUGAGGUGGGCCCUGGAGGGGAUCCUUAUCGGCCAAUGACUACCGUCAGGCUGAGGCCUUGAUGCUGGGAAGGGUGCAGAGGACAGCUUAGUAGGCAGUUAGUGAAGUCAUCCGAGUAGGUGGUCGACUUUGUCACUCUGAAGACCUAACUUAUAGCAGUCUUCACCCUCUUGUAUUGGGCCCGGCAGACCCAAUCACCUGCCUACUCAUCCAGGACUUUGCCCGUCGCCUGCGGCAUCCAGGGCCAGAGAGGAUCUUUGCAAAGAUCUGGCAUGUAUACUGGAUUCUGAGAACCUGUCCUGAGUGCCGUCGGUGGAGAUCCCAACCUAAAGUCCCCAAAAUGACAGAUCUACCAGUUGCCUGGCUUCGCCUCUUUAAGUCUGCCUUUUAUUGUACAGGUAUGGACUGCUUUGGGCCGCUUGAUGUCAAGAUAGGUUAUCGGGUGGAGAAGAGGUGGGGGAUAAUUUUCAAAUGCCUUACUGUCAGAGCUGUUCACGUGUAUGUACUGACAUCUAUGGACACCGACUCCUUUCUGAUGGCACUCUGGAGAUUUAUGCUAGGAGAAGAAGUCCUGCCGAGCUGUACUCAGAUCAGGGUACCAACUUCCGUGGUGGAGAGAGAGAACUACAAGAAGAAUUUGCUGGAAUGAGCAUGGACCUGCAGAGGAUCCUGGCUCCACAGAAGAUCCUCUUCCACUUCAACCCCCCAGCAUCUCCUCAUUUGGGAGCCAGAAAUCCGAUCAGUGAAGACAGCGCUUUACACUACGGUUGGAGCGCAGCUCUUACCUAAAGAAGUCCUUCGCACUGUCUUAGUGGAGGUGGAGGGCAUUAUUAACUCCAAAUCGUUUGCUUAACAGUAACUGUGGGUGAGGUAACUCAAUUGUGCAGAAAGGCUGUAAGGUGCAGGCCCGUUAUUCUCACUGCCACUACCCCAGGUGUCAGCCAGAAUGCCACUUCAAGGCAAGGAAGAUAUUGGUGAUACAGUUGGUGCAGUGGAGAGGCAAGAAGGAGACGGAGAUCAGUUUGGUCUCUUUGUAUUUUUAUCCAACACACUCUAUACAGGAGCUGGGUUAAGGGGGUUGUGGUCUCUAUAAAUAAUAAACAAAACAAAGGUGUUAUAGGGGACAGGCUCAGGGGGGCAUCACGUGAUGACACAUUGUCACAGAGUCACAUGGUACUGAUGCUGGUAAUGCUAUGUUAAGCGAAGCAGUCACAUAUAUAAAUUGAAUCCAGUGUUGGAGGACAGUGUGCUGCGAGUUGGCAGACGACUUAGCAGGGCCAUCAUGUGGGAGGAGGCUAAGCGUCCUGUCAUUAUCGCGAAAGAUCUUCACAUCUCUGAUCUUGUUCUAUGUCAUAUCCAUAAGGAGGUGGGGCAUGGCGGUUGGAAUUACAUUCUUUCAAAAUGACAUCAAACGGAUUCCCUCAUUAAUGCUUUACAUUAAUGCUUUUCUAAUGAUGGUGGAAGGCCUAUUUUCGUUGACUGCUGUAUUAUGCCGCUACAUAACGACUACUCUAUAGAUUAUUGAAUGACGUAUUUGGAUGUUAUUAUUAACAAGUAAAGGAAUAAAUAGAUUUUACAUAUUGAACCAGAGUUUGUCAAUAUUUGUACGAAGCCAGUCGGACAAGCUUCCCUCAAUCAGCUGCUUGGCGACUCUGGAAAUAUUGGAGCCUGAGAGAGUUGCCAACAGGUGUAAAUAUAUAGAUACAUAUACAGACACAACAUUAUAGAAGCCCUAAACUAACCAAAUUAAAAUAGGAUAAUAGAACAGAAGAAUAAUACGAACACAGGUGCGCGAGGAAACGUAUAGCAAAAGAACGUUAGCUACUAGCAACGGUUUGCUAAUUGCUAACUAAACACACAACAUAAUCUUGACGUAUAACAAGACCUGUGAGGUUAAAAACUUGAACUUACUAUGCGCACACAUGCACACCCUCAGUACUGUGAGAAUGGCUAAGGAGUCAACGUCAGGUGGCGAAAUCCUCUCACUCUGCUUCUGUGUCUGUCCCGCGACUCGAGACCUAUUUAAGAAAAGUGAGAAUUCCCGCUGUCAACCGCACCGUCUCACAGAGCCUUUUGUACAGUAACAGUCUUGCUACAAGGACCACAAAAUAAACCAACAGAAAAGAUUUUAAUAAAUAAGAUUUGGUUGUACUAUACUUUUGUAAUAUAACAAUACAAACAUCUCUACUUCUCUAUAAUAAAACAAAGGACACACACUUGCACAGAACCAGGGAUUCUCGAUAACGUGGCAAUAGUUAGCUACGCUACUGCCACUGUUAGCUAAGUUAGCUAAAGUUUCACCAAGACGGUCCGGAAGUAAUUGUUUGUUCACCGUCCUGUAGAUCUCCUACGUUCCUCCUCACCUCUGCAGCGUGCAACACUAAAUAAAUAAAUGUUUAAGCUCUAUGGUUGCUAGUUAACUAAGCUAGAAGCUUCUUCACAGUUGACAUGCGCUUCUGCUUCACUUCGUCAUUCUCUGUCCCGCUAAACUCACUACCUACUGUUGUGGGAAAAAAAAUUACCACGAAAGCUUCUGACGACUCAAUGAAAAGAAGAAUUCAAAAGUUGUCUUUGCGAAUAUAUUUCUCCAUAUGCAUGUAGAAAGAUUA